GCGAGAUUUGGUGGCCCGGACGCAGCUGAGCAGCCUGGAGGCUGGAAGAGGCUGGAGCUGCAGAGAGUGAGCCGGGGACUUUAGGCCAUGGAUAAUGUUUUCAUCCAGCACAGCGUCAAGGUGCUCCAAGCGCUCAAUAAGCAGAGAGAAGAUGGCCGGUACUGCGAUGCCACACUCAUCGUGGGAGAUCUUCAGUUUAAAGCCCACUGGAGCAUCCUGGCUUGUAGCAGCCCCUUCUUCCAGAGCCUGUAUGGAGACGGCAGCUCCCCAAACAUUAUCCUUCAUGAACGGUUCUCUGAGAUCACGGGCCUCCUCCUGGAUUUCCUCUACACAGGAGAGCUGGCUCUGUCCCACCACAAUGUGGAGAAGGUCCUGUUAGCCUCCAAGGAGCUGGGCGUUUUUGAAGCCGUUGAGGUCUGCGAACGCUUCCAGCCCAAGUGUUUUGAACCCGUCGAUCAGACUGAAGUUUUUUUCCAACAACCUGGGCCAUUGGAAACCUUAAAUGGGCACUUGAAGGAGGCCGAGGAGUCGGAUGGAGAGGAGGGGCUUAAGGGAAUUUCGGAGCUCAGCAACGUAUUGGCAGACACUGAAGUCCCGUCGGGGCAAAGCAGUGAACAGGACAGCAGCCUUGGCCUGCUCCAAGGGACGGUGGAGAUUACCCCAUUUCAAGAAGUUGUUCUGAAGGACCCGGACAUGGGGGAGAGGAGGGAGUUUAAGAGGCAAAGGAGAGGGCAGAAGAACGAGCAGUGUAUUGGCAGCGAUGGAGACUGUAUAACGUGGGAGUUGGAGGUGGACCAGAUACAUGAUGUCAUAGCAGAUGGCUCAGAUUAUAUGGAGGAUGACCUGGAUGAAGACUUUGUUCUGGACCGGAAGAUACCAAGCUCCAAGAGAAGGUCCUGCGCACCAAAGAAGAUCAUUCCUUUGGAAUCCUCUACCAUUGACUCCUUGACUGAUGGAGAGCUGAAGAACAAGAAAAUUGCCAACUCUCCCGUAGAAUGCCCCAUAUGUCACAAGAAGUUCCUCAGCAAGUAUUACCUUAAAGUUCAUAACAGAAAGCACACAGGGGAAAAGCCUUUUGAAUGUAUGAAGUGCGGUAAAUGUUACUUCAGGAAGGAAAACCUAUUGGAACAUGAAGCCCGAAACUGUAUGAGCCGAACUGAACAGGUGUUUAAUUGCACGUCUUGUCACGAGGUGUUCAAAAGGAGGAUGGAGUUGCGGCUACAUAUGGUGUCCCACACUGGAGACAUGCCUUAUAAGUGUUCUACCUGUCCUCAGCAGUUCAUGCAGAAAAAGCAUCUGCAGAGCCACAUGAUCAAGAUGCAUGGAGAGCCCAAACCCCACGCUUGCCCUACCUGCGGGAAGUGUUUCUUCACACGGACAGAACUUCGGCUGCACGAAGCCUUCAAACACCGCGGAGAGAAGCUGUUUGUGUGCGAGGAGUGCGGUCACAGAGCCUCGAGCAGGAGCGGCCUACAGAUGCACAUCAAAGCCAAGCACAGAAACGAACGUCCAUUUGUAUGCGAGUUCUGCCACCACGCCUUCACCCAGAAAACCAACCUCAAUAUGCACCUGAAGACUCACACGGGUGAAAAGCCUUUCCAGUGCCAUCUGUGCGGGAAAACGUUCAGGACACAAGCCAGUCUACAUAAGCACAACCGGACGCACACAGGGGAACGGCCAUUCAGCUGCGAAUAUUGCGAUCAGCGAUUUACAGACAAAACUCCACUUCUGAGGCACGUGGCCAGCCGACACCAGGAGGGCAGACCCUACUUCUGCCAAGUCUGCGGCAAAACCUUUAAAGCGACCGAGCAGCUGCGCGUUCACGUGGCCAGACAUCGCGGCGUGAGAAAGUUUGAGUGCACAGAGUGCGGGUACAAGUUCACUCGGCAGGUGAGUGUAUUGAAGUCGGGUGAAGGAAGACAGACAAAAAAGAACUACAACCCUCGCCAAAGGAAACUCCGCAACCUGAUCAUAGAGGAGGAGAAGAACAUGGUCAUCGGCUUACAGAGCGCCCAGGAGCUGGAUGACGGCCCGACGGAAAUUAUAGUGGAGUCUAUUAACGCCACCACUCUGCCAGAUGAGGUCACCGACCAGAGACUGUGUUCAGAGGAUGGCUUCCCGGCCGAGGUCAUUGAACAGUCUAUAAUCAUCACCGCCACCGCCAUACCCAUCGAAGACUGUGAAACGUGAGGAGCCGCCAGAGCCCUCCAUUGUGGUAACUUUAUUUUUUUUUUUAUGUUAUUUAUAUUUAUUAGACUGUU